AUGCAAGAGCUGAUACAGUUUAGUUCUGGGUUUGGGUGGGAUCCUAUAUCUAAAAAGUUUACAGCUUCCGACCAUGUGUGGGAUGACUACGAAAAGGUACAUCCAACUAGAAAAAAUAUGCGUGAUGAAACAUUUGAAGAUUACGAAGAUUUGCAGCUGAUAUACAACACUGGAUUUGCGACGGAAAAAAAUGUUAUUGGCUUAGGAGAUGAUACUGAUGCAUUAACUUUUGGAUCUGAAGAUAAUUCACCAUGUGAAUUAUAUACAAGGCUUUUUGGAAAUGCUGGAAAUGUGGAUGGAUCUCAAGCAUCAGGGUUUUGGGAUUCACCUAUGCCACAAAGCAAAGAGGGUCCAUUAGGAAAGCUACCUCCUAAAAAAAGAGCUAAAGGUGGAAAACGUGGAGGCUCUAGUAAUUCAAGCAUUGAUGGUAGCCGUAUGGAGACGGCUUUUAAUGAAAUGGUUGUUAUAAGCAAUCAAGUUGUUAGCUUGAUACAACAAAGAGAAGAAAGACAACAAAGAGAAGCUAACCUUAGAGAAGCUGAGAAAAGAAAGAAUAAUAUAUGGGAGGCGAUCAAAGAAGUUCCUGACUUGGAGGAAAAUGUUCGUUUUGAUACAUUGAAUGAGAUUCAUAGGUUAGGGAUGAAAGACGUGUUCGUCAGCAUGUCUAUUGAAGAACAUAUGGGUUGGAUACGGCGCAACAUGGACUGA